CUGCUCGUGUUUCCCGUCGUGCUUUGUGUCUCCGGCUGUCUCUGAUCUGGAGAAGCAGCGAUGUGGCGGAGCGGCACCGUGACAGUGACCGCUGGUGCUUCACUUCAUCACGGGGAGCGGACGGAUCAUCAGCAGGGAUGAGGACAUUGUGAAAGUCAGGUGUGGAGCACAGAGGAGCAGGGGGUCAGCCACUCUCACAGCUCAGCUAGAGUCUCAGAUGGAGCGGCUCCACUGGAUGCAGCAUCGUUGUCGGCAGAUGCUGGCAGGAAGCUCUGGGAGAGGCUGGUACUCUGCCCCCGAUGGCCUGCCCGGCAAACCCUCCCUGGACACCCACAGCUCUGGUGGGAGGCGGAGGACUGUGUUUGCUCGCCAUGCCCCCCCCCAACAGGAGUCCGACGCAGUCUUCAAAAGCUACAAGGGCAAUGCCAUCUGCACUACCAAGUACAGCUUGUUGACCUUCAUCCCCAUGAACCUGUUCCAGCAAUUCCACAGGGCUGCCAACCUCUACUUCUUAUUCCUAGCGUUACUGAACUGGGUGCCAGUUGUUGAAGCCUUUCAAAAGGAAAUUACCAUGGUUCCUCUGCUGGUGGUUCUCACUGUUAUUGCCAUCAAAGAUGCCCUGGAAGACUACAGGCGCUACUUGUUCGACAGGAAGGUCAACAACAAUGUGGUGCAAGUGUUCUGUGGCAAGCAGAAAGCCUACGUUGACCAGUGCUGGAAGGAUGUGCGCGUUGGAGACUUUGUCCGUCUGUCCUGUAAUGAAAUCAUCCCAGCUGACAUGUUGUUGCUGUAUUCCUCUGACCCACGUGGGGUUUGUUACAUUGACACCGCCAACCUGGAUGGAGAGACCAACCUGAAACAGAGACAGGUGGUUUCAGACCUCCCAUUGCAGGGAGUAGAGUUCACCGCUGAGAGCUUCCACUGUCGCGUUGAGUGUGAGAACCCCAACAACAACCUCAGCAGGUUCAGAGGUUACAUGGAGCAUCCCAGUGGGGUUCGAGUCGGCCUCCAUAACAGCAACCUCCUGUUGAGGAGCUGCACCAUCCGCAACACUGAGACUGUGGUGGGCAUCGUGGUGUACGCAGGUCAUGAGACUAAAGCCAUGAUGAACAACAGCGGGCCAAGGUAUAAGCGCAGCCAGCUGGAGAAGCGUCUGAACACAGACGUCCUGUGGUGUGUGCUCCUGCUCAUCAUCAUGUGUCUGACUGCUGCCAUAGGUCAUGGCCUCUGGCUGAAGAACCUCAAAGACCCUAUCUUUGAGGUUGACAGGGAGACGUCUCCUGCACUGGCUGGAUUCUAUGUCUUCUGGACAAUGAUCAUUGUGCUGCAGGUGCUGAUCCCCAUUUCUCUGUACGUGUCCAUUGAGAUUGUGAAACUGGGCCAGAUCUACUUCAUCCACAAUGACUUAGCCUUGUACAACAAGCAGCUGGACUCCAGGAUCCAGUGUCGGGCCCUCAACAUCACUGAGGACCUGGGUCAGAUCCAGUACCUCUUCUCUGAUAAGACAGGAACUCUGACAGAGAACAAGAUGGUUUUCCGCCGCUGCAGUAUCUAUGGGGUUGAAUACCCUCACGAGGAAAAUGCUCGGAGGCUGGAGGUGUAUGAGGCCGAGAAGAUGGAGGCAGCUGGUCGCUCUGUAACUCUGAGGUCGGGCUGCAGCAGUAAAUCUCUGAGCUGUCGCUCUCUCAGCUGCAAACACAGCUCUGUGUCUCUGCACACUCUCACUGCUGAGGAGGAGGAGGAGGAGGACCAACUGUCCAAUCACAUCCAGCCCAGGACUAGUGCCUUCUGCAGCCGCGUGACCAAGGAGGUGGUUCCAGACCCUGAGCUGGUACGGAAGUUGAACUGGUUCUGCUCUCCUGUGCUGGCUCUGAGUGAUGGUUCCUCAGGGUCUCCGUCCAGCCUGGAGCUCACCUACAUCACGGACUUCUUCCUCGCUCUGGCCAUCUGUAACAGCGUGGUGGUGUCCUCGCCCGGCCAGCCUCGACACGUGGUGCCUGAGACACAAACACCUCUCAAGUCCCUGGAGGAGAUCAAGCUGAUGUUCCAGCGCCUCAGCUUCUCUCCUCUCUCAGCGCUCUCCAGCCUGUCCCCUCCCAAGAUCAAAGGCAGCCCUCGCAGCUUCACCAGCAGGCUGUUUGCCCGGGGUAAGACCGACUCCUUCACCUUCUCCACACCCACCAACAGCACCACAGACGGGUCCGAACCAGGCCAAGAGAGCAACCAGGAAACCUCCAACCCGAGGCGUAGAGUGGACUUGUCCUCCAGAGUGGAAGGAGGAGGCGCUGGACAGACAGAGGACAGAGAGAUAGAAGAUGAUAUCCAGGGUGCAAGGACAAACCCUGAGGGGGGCAGGCAGGAUGCCGAGGAACUGACCAGAGAAGUGGAUUGUGAGAGUGACGCCGAUAAUGAGCUGCUGUAUGAGGCGGAGAGUCCGGACGAGGCGGCUCUGGUCCAUGCAGCCCACGCGUACCGCUGCACCCUGAGGGGACGUUCUGCAGAGAGCCUGCUGGUGGAUCUUCCAGGAAUCGGAUCCCUGGCUGUCCAGCUACUCCACAUCAUUCCCUUUGACUCCAACAGGAAAAAGAUGUCGGUGGUGGUCCGCCACCCGCUCACAGGACAGGUGGUGGUUUAUACCAAGGGAGCUGACUCUGUCAUCAUGGACCUGACUGAGACACCUAAAGGUACAGAGCAGUCUCAGGAGAUCUACAGUCACAUCAGAGAAAAAACACAAAAUCAUUUAGACAGCUAUGCCAGAGAAGGCCUCCGCACACUCUGCAUCGCUAAAAAGGUUCUGGAAGAGGAGGAGUAUGAGGUUUGGAUGAAGGGACACCUGCUGGCAGAGAGCAGCAUAGAGAACAGAGAUGAGCUGCUGCUGGAGUCAGCUCAGAGACUGGAGACCAACCUCACCCUGCUGGGCACCACGGGGAUCGUGGACAGACUGCAGGAGGAGGUCCCAGAAACCAUCGAAGCUCUUCAGAGGGCUGGGAUCAAAGUCUGGAUCCUCACUGGAGACAAGAAAGAGACGGCCAUCAACAUCGCCUACUCCUGCAAACUACUAUGUCCCAACGACCAACUGCUGACAGCCAUCUGUGGAAGCAAGGAUGCAUGUGCAGCUUUACUGGAGGAGCUCAAACUAGAAGUGCAGCGAGGUGAAGAGGGUUUGACUGAAGGGCCUGCAGCAGGGAGCCGUGGAGAACCCUCCUCAGGCAGCGUGGAAGGCUUCAUCCUGGUCCUGGAUGGACGGACGCUGGACUGGGCCCUGCAGGAGGAGCAGAGGAGCGACUUCCUGGAGCUUAGCCGGAAAUGCAAGGCGGUCAUCUGCUGCAGGUCCACUCCGCUGCAGAAGAGCCAGGUGGUCCGGCUGAUCCGGGACCAGCUCGGUGUUAUGACCUUGGCUGUGGGUGAUGGAGCCAACGAUGUGAGCAUGAUUCAGGUGGCUGAUGUGGGCGUUGGGAUAUCUGGUCAGGAGGGCAUGCAGGCUGUGAUGUCCAGUGACUUUGCUAUCUCAAGGUUUAAACACCUCAGGAAGCUGCUGCUUGUCCAUGGUCACUUGUGUUACUCUCGUCUUGCAAAUAUGAUCCUAUAUUUCAUCUACAAGAAUGUGAUGUAUGUCAAUCUGCUGUUCUGGUAUCAGUUCUUCUGUGGUUUCUCUGGGAGCGUCAUGACCAACGCCUGGGUGCUCAUCCUCUUCAACCUGAUCUUCACCUCCGUUCCUCCUCUCGUCUAUGGGGUCCUGGACAGAGACACGCCUGCACACACUCUGAUGGAGCUGCCUGAGCUCUAUAGGGCGGUGCAGACCUCCAAGGUCUACGUUCCCUACAUGUUCUGGAUCACAGUCCUGGAUGCGUUUUACCAAAGCCUCAUCUGCUUCUUCGUGCCCUACUUUGCUCUCGCAGGAUCCAGCGUUAGCGAGCUGUCCUUCGGCUCUCCCAUCAACGCCUCGGCUCUUCUCAUCAUCCUUCUGCACCAAGUCAUCGAAAGCCACACUCUGACGUGGAUUCAUGUGCUGGUGUUGGUGCUCAGUGGUGGUUGCUACUUCGGCUUCGUGCUGCUCUUCAGCUCUUUCUGUGUGACCUGUAGUCCCCCCACCAACCCUUUGGGGGUGGAAACCCUGGCGAUGUCCCAGCCUCUUUUCUACAUCAUAUGUGCUAUCACUACUGUGACGGCUCUGUUACCUAGGCUGUUGUUUCGAGCUGUGUACAACACAUUACGACCCUCUGCUGUUCUGGAAUCACCUUGGAGGGAUGAAGUGGAUUCAGAGAAGUACCGCAGGAAAAUGCAGCGCUGGAACCAGAGCAAGUCCAGGGACAACAGGCUGCCAUUGUGUGCCGACAACCCGGGCCUGGAGCCCAGCACAGCCUCAGUGGUGUCCUGACAACCCUUUAUACACACACACACACACACACACACACACACACACACACACACACACACACAGGCCUGAAAGUUCAGAAAAGACUGUUGUUUUGACGCGCUGCUGCAGAAUAGAUUUUCUGGUGCAAUAAAAGGCGAUGUAUGGAUGUUCCCUUCCUUUGGCGCUGCUCCACUCCCCAACUAUAUAUUUUAAAAAAAUAUGUAAGAUAUAUAAGACAUUUUUCUACAAUUUUGCUGUAUGUAUUAUUUGAACAUCAAGAAAUCAUCAGUUUAUUAAUCUUCUGACAUUGAUCAUAGAGGAAUGAGAGCGGCCUCUACUGGCCUUCAGUUUGUAAAACAGUCAACAUUGUGAGCCAGCAGACUGAUGGACGAUCAGGGAUACGUUCACACUGCAGGGGACACUGACUUACAGGGACCAAAUCAGAUCAUAGAUCCUAUUUUUUUUUUCUGAUGUUGCCAAUUAAACAGAAUGUAGCAUUAAAGAACACUUACACCACAUUAGCAUUCCAUUGGAGUGGUGUUUGUGUCCAAUACUUAGUCCCAUAUAUAGCCAGAAAAAUAUCUGUAUGGCUGACUAUUUUUUUCUGCUAGCCACUUUGUCACUCUUUGCUUUUGGUGCUGGGCAGUUAGCAUGUGGCUAAAGAGAGCGGUGUGUCUAUGUGCUGGAGAAUCAAAUCGAUGAGAUAGAAUUAAGGUCAAAGCUGAUGUUGAAGGUUAAUUCAUGAUCAUUGUUGUUUCCAAAUCUUUCAACCUCAACCUGUGGCCUUCCUCAGUCAGUGGAGUUUCUCCGUCAACAAAGGCUUUUUGUAAGUUCAUUAUUUUCACAUGAAGAACAUGACAAAUACUACAGCAUGGAGCAAACACUGGUGCUGAGCUGUUUCUCAGGGAAAGCCACAUCAAAUGAAAUAGGAUUCUGUUCCCAGAAGCCAACAAUUUGCAAUAUUUUACGGCUUACUUUCUUAAUAUUUAUAUUUUAACUCAUGACUGCUUUAUUCUCAUCUAUACCGCGGUUUGAAAUUGACAAGGUUGUAAAAAAUCCAAUCAAAUAUCCAGAGUAGAAAUAUUUAAAAUCAUGUUUACUUGACAUUAUAACAGAGUUAUUUUAAAUGCAUAUCAUUCAGUUUCUUAAUUUUUGGACGUAUUGUUGCUAUUUUACAUUGUUACCUGCAAUCUCUGUAUAGUAUGAAAAUCAACUGUCAGAAAGGUGCUUGAGUUGUGCGUUCACUGUGAGAUCCAGUUUGCAUUAGGUUACGUUAUCCUGAUGUGGAAGUGCAGUUUAAGCACUGAUUGAUUUGAAUAGAGUGAAAUGAUUCAGACUUGAUGUUCACUGUGAUGAAUUGCUCCCCAGAUUUCAAAAGUCUGCCAAUUGACUUUCAUAUUCACUUAAAAACUUAAAAAGAAUGGAUGGAUGCCUGGAAGAAAAACAUUAGAUUGAGACAUAUUCAUUCUACAAAUUCAAAAUGAGUAAGGGUACUGUUGGUAUGGCUAUUACGUGUCAGAUGUGGUGUUUAGGAUGGAGUAAGCAUGUCUGCGCCUUGCAUGGAAGCUCCAUCGUUGUGUGAGUGUGAAAAAGAGGCACCUUAUCUGCUCUACCUUAGAAGAUAAAGCUUCACCUGAAGGAACACUAAUAUGAUUCAUCUUAACACAUCCUGGACACUUCUGUUAAGAUAACAAACAUGUGAUAUUGGUCACGAUUCUGUUUAUACUAGACAAUAGACAGCCAUGUUAGAUGUCACGGGUUUGUUGUGGAUAUUGAAGUUAAUGCUGUAAUGACGCAUUUUGAAAUAAAUGCCUUAAAAAAAAUAGCCAUCUUCAUAUGAUUAACCAUUAACUAAUUCAAGAAAAAGUAUCAAACUCCUGAUGACUGCUGAAGUCUGUUUCAUGCAGUCGUUGUUGCCAGUAGAGGAAUGCUGGUUUGACUUGUGUGUUUUUCUCGGAAUGCAUUAUGUGAUAGGAAGAGUAAGCAAACCAGUCCGGCAAGUCAGAAUUCCAUCAUAGCAACCCAAUUAAAGUGACCUUCCUGCCUCUAUGCACGUCUGCACAUCCUGUGAACCAGGUGAUAUGAUGGAGCCUUAAAGGGAGAGGUCAGGGCCCUGUUUCAGAGAGCAGGUCAGGUGAAAACUCAUCAGUAACCCUGAGAUGAGAUAGAUAAUCUGGGUUUUCAGUUCCAGAAAGAGAGGUUGCUUGAACUCUGGGUCUGUUUACGUGGUAACUGACUCUGUGAACCUCACCUGCUCGCAGGUUUUCUUGAACAAGCCCUGACUUUCAGUAGCUGAAAUAAAGCCACUGAAUGCUGUUGAGUCAGGAUCAAAAUGGAUGUCCAACAUUUAAAUCCACGGAAUUGACUCUUUAAUUCAUCAAAGACAUUACUAAAUCAGAUUGUGAGCUUACAAUCAUGUACCCUAUUUCCAUUGAUCUAUAUAUUUCUAAAAUCCUUAACUAUAUUUUUCAUCUUCAGUUGGCCCUUGUGUUUUUUUCCUCUUCAGAUUAAAACUGAAAUCUAAAAUGUAAUGUAGGUUUCAGCGAUAUACACAGUCAGAUUCCACUCCUUUAUCAUAGUCUGGUAAAUGAUGAGUUAAUAGAAAACACUGAAUAAAAGAUAAUUGUGUUUACUUCUUGACACUUGUCCCCUCCCUGACCCAGGCUCUUGUUUACAGAUAAAUGUGCACAGUCCAUAAAUAGCUAACAUGCAUUAAUGUUACGUCCACUGGAUUAAAGGGGGCUCUGCCUUUUAUUUCCAGCUGUUGUGGAACCGAUCCCUUCUCAGGGUUAGUCAACUCAGAGUUUGUUAAACCUUCCCCGGUGUUUAAAAGUGGGGUUGUAUGAUGUUCAUCCAGUCGCUGUUAAACUGCAGACGGUAGCA